CCUUUCCCUUUCCCCUUUCCUCUCUUUUCAUAAAUCCUUCCGUCUCCGACGAAUUCAAUUGCAUGCCAUUCUUCUGCCGCCAUCAAUCGCCACCGCCAUGCCUACUACCGCCUCCGCUUCCUCCACCUCCGGGCCCGACGGUGGUCCUUCUUCCCUCGUCGCUCGACUCUCCUCCAGUGACCCCGAUGUCAAGCUGAAGGCCCUGCGGGAAGUCAAGAACCAAAUAAUAGGCAGCAAGACGAAAAAGCUCAGCUACAUAAAGCUCGGCGCCGUCCCUCGCGUCGCGUCAAUUCUCUCCGCCGCAAUUGCCGACGGCGACUGCUUCCAGCCUGCUCCUGCCGCUUCUGUGCGGGGAAUGCUCGGCUAUUCCAGCAAUGUCGUCGUCCAAUCGGCGGCAGCUCUUGGCAGCUUCGCCUGCGGAUUCGACGACGGCGUCCAGGCAGUUCUCGCUGCGGGCGCUCUGCCGCUUCUGGUUAGACUGCUCGAUCAUCCCGACGACAAAGUAGUGGAUGCUGGUGCUCGCUCCCUGAAAAUGAUCUACCAGUCUGAAUUUGCUCCCAAAUAUGAAAUCCUUGAACGUGGAAGCUUAGAAUUCCUGGUUUCCUUACUGAAUAGAGAGGGUGAAAACGUUACUGAACUAGGUGCUCAUAUCAUAGCCCAUUCUUGCAGGACGUUCGAAGAGCAGAAAGUUAUGCUCGAGGCUGGGGUUCUGAAGAGGCUUGUCAGCCUCCUAGAUGGGAGUGUAGGUCAGAGAGAUGCUAGCUUAGGUUCUCUUGCUGCAGCUUUCAAAAAUAACUCUGAAGUCAUAAAGGAGUUUCUGGGACCUCAUGGCGGGAAAUCGUUCAAUGCCAUACUUAGGUUGACCAUGGAUAGCAAUGCCAAGACGAGGCUGCUCGCUUGCCAGUGCUUGAUUGUCAUUAGGGAUGCUACAGAUUGCUAUAUCCAGGAAUUGGGGCUCAAUAGGAAGUUGGUCAAUACUCUCCUCGAGCUCCUUGAUGAUCCAGGUCAAGUUGGAGAUGAGUCCCCGUUUGUAUUGUCUAGUCUGGUCUUAGGGAAGGAAGAUUUACAUACGAUAGCUCUUGAAGCUGAUGCUAUGGUUAAAUUUCAUGAUUGCAUGGAGAAGGAAAAUGUCAAUCCUAGGCGUCUUCGAGGUGUAUUGUUGGCCUUGGCUGAUCUCUGCUCAAAGUUAGAAAUCUGUAGAUCGACAUUCCUAUCCAUGCAGGUCUUGAAACCACUUAUUGGUUUCCUAAACCAUAAGGAGGAAGAUAUACGAAUUGCAGCUUGCACCUGCUUAAAAAAUGUUACUCGAUCAAUCAAGAAUUUGUGUGCAGGUUACUUUAUGAAAAAUGAAGCCCUCGUCACUGCUUUGGUUCUGUUGCUGAUGGAUGCUUCGGAGGAAGUCCAGGUUGCAGCUCUUGGUGUUGUGAGCAAUAUUGUUGUUGAUUUCACUACACAAAAGUCUAUGUUUGUUGCACAUGAAGGCAUGCAACAGCUUUUUGGUUUAUCAAAAUCAAUGGUUCCCGCGGUUAGGUCAAAUGCCCUCUGGGCUUUAAGGAACAUGACGUUCCUUGCGGAUGACAGAUGCAAAGAAGCAGUUUAUUUAGGGAUGACCCCGUCACUGAUUGCAGAUCUUAUAUGUGACGAUGAGCUUUCUGUUCAGGAGCAAGCUUUGGCCCUUGUUCGCAAUCUUGUUGAUGGAAGUGUUGAGUCAAUUGAGCAAGUUUUUGCCGAUGAUGGUAUUAUUUUAGAUGCUGCCGGAAGCCAAUUACAGUGUGGUCCAAAUGCUGAAGUUUUGAUACAGGGAAUGUACGUGCUCGGAAACAUUGCCUGUGGAAAUGAGAUUCAUAAGGAAGCAGUUAUGUGCCUGCUUUUCCCACUAGUGGGGAGGGGACCCGAGCCUUUCUUUGUCAACUUCUUGCUGAGUACUGACAGUAGAUUGCGCCUUGCUACUGUGUGGGUCCUUAUAAAUCUCACCUUGCCAUCUCCUGGAGCAUUGAAUCGGCAACAAAGACUACAGAAAGAAGGGGUGCUGUCCAUAGUAAGGAGUAUGGUCAAUGAUCCUUGCUUGGAUGUGAAGAUUAGAGUAAAAACAUUGCUCACCCAGACUGAGCUUGGUGACUUUUGACAUCAGUUGUAGAGGAUUAACCUCUGAAACAACUAGAUCAUAGAGAUGAGUGGAGACAGACAUUUGUUUUUUUACAUCUUAAACUUAGCCGUAGCAAUAUCUCCAGCUUUCUUCCGGGCAACGUAUCAUGCUUCAGCCAAGGUGCAGAGUUUAGAGUAUCCUGUUUUCACAAUUACAGCAGUGUGAGAGGAGAUGCCUUUGUAACAUUGUGGGAUGCAGUUCAACUGUCAAGAGUGUGUUCCCUGGAACAUGAAAUUGUGCAUACAAAUGGCUGUAUCAUUAUUCAGUUGACUAUCUCAGAGGACUCCUGUUGUUGUAUUUUGUACAUUAACUGCCAUCAGUUUGCAUGGCACUGUAAAAUGCUUGCUUAGAGAGUUUAUGCAAAACUUCAGGUUUUCUCUUCGGUAUUGUCUCUACUAGCUGCUGCAUAUGCUGUUCUCUAGUUGGCAUUAUUUUGAGAAUCUCAUUGUUGUUUAUAAUACUGGGUUUAAUGCGUUGGAGCCGAGUAUCAAAUCGAUUACUUUCAUUAGCAAGCAAAAUCAGAGGUUAAUGUUGAUAUAUGCUAUAUGUAAAGCAGGGCCAGGGUAUUUAUUGCUGGUCUCUUUCCUUUUACAGCUCUGCAGCAGAAGAAAUUGCCAUAUCUUUGCUUGGAAAGAAAGUUUCUUUUUGUCUUGGAUCAUAUAUAAAGAUCAACCAAGGAAACCAAUAAGUUCCAUUGACGAGUCUGAAUUCCCUGAGCUACAAAGUGACAAAGACGAAGCAAGCAAAAUUCCUCUGGAAAUCUUUCUUUUCUGGUGUGGAUCUCUUCCAGCAGCAACUUCUCGAUUUAGCCAAUCUUCUCCGUGUUGGUAUCAUCCGAUGGCCAUAUCACAGUCUCCAGGAGCCGUUCACGCAUUAGCGCCAAGUUCUCGUCCGAAAUCUCUUGGUACAUCUCCGCAUGGUUGCAUUUCUUAAUCCAUUUUCCAUACAGGUGAAGCCUCGUCACCAUUACUCUCUCAGCAAGGUCCUGCCUCUCUUUGGCUAGAGUUCGGAUGAAAUGCUUCCCAGUUCCAGGCUUGUUCAUGACCACAAAACUACAAACCAAAUAGGUAAAAGAAUAAGGAGACUAUAUUAUUUCUAUGUUCCAGUUGAAAACUUGAAAGAUUCUUGGUGCAAUUUCGCAGGCUUACUCGUAAAACCAACGGUAAUGAGUUGGAUUCAUCUCAUACAGCUGGUUCAUGACCGUCCUCACUGCCUUGUACGUGAAGUAGUUCAUUAUUGGC